CAUUCGAAUAGAUAUGGAACAAAUUAACAUAAAGCAUGUCAAAGUUCACAUCGCUAAAGGGGUUGGUCAGUUUAGUGAGUGGGGGAGCCUCGGGGCUUGGGCGUGCCACUGUGGAGAGGUUCACCAAGCAGGGGGCCAGGGUCGUCCUGUGUGACCUUCCAUCCAGUGAUGGAGAGAAGGUCGCCAAACAGAUGGACAACUGCAUGUUUUUGCCUGCUGAUAUCACCUCGGAAAAAGAAGUCAAGGAAGUUCUAAGAGCUACAAUGGAAAACUACAAAUGUUUGGAUGUGUUGGUGAACUGUGCGGGAAUUGGUGUGGCCAGGAAAACCUACAGCAUCCAGAAAAACCUCCCCCACCCCCUCGAUGAGUUCGAGAGGGUGUUAAAGGUUAACACAUUGGGAACUUUUAACAUGAUACGUCAGGCGGUGAUUCUGAUGGCACAGAACGAGCCCAAUGAGGACAAGGCCCGAGGGGUGAUCAUCAACACCUCCAGCGUCGCCGCAUUUGAUGGACAGAUGGGUCAGGUGGCUUAUGCAGCGAGUAAGGCCGCAAUCGCAGGAAUGACACUACCCUUAGCUCGAGACAUCGGAGAGUUUGGAAUCCGAGUGUGUACAAUCUGUCCAGGUGUAUUCGACACUCCUUUGCUAGCAGCCUUGCCACAGAAAGCAAUUGAUGCCCUGACCAAAACAGUUGUUUUUCCUCAGAGACUUGGAAAACCUGAUGAAUUUGCACAGAUGUGUCAAACAGUUGUUGAAAAUCCUUAUCUGAAUGGAGAAACAAUCCGAUUGGAUGGAGCUCUCCGAAUGGUAUGACAGUCCUCAAUUCCUAUUGGAUCAGUAUUGCUUAUUGUGAUGUCAUAGACUGAGAGCACUGUAAACUGAGAGCAUUGUGAAGUUUUGAUUGGGCGAAUUAAUGCAAAAUGACAACCAAUCAUAUGAAAGUUGUGAACAAAGAUUUUUUGUUUCAUUGCUGUAAUGUAAUCCAAGAAAUUAAACAAGAUGAAAAUGCUGUGAUGUGUUUUUGAUACCCUACAAAUUUUUGUACAAUAAAAUGUUGAAAAAUUAA